AUGGGUAGCAUCGACAUAUUCUCUGACGAAAUACCAACGUUUUACAUCGCUACAGUAUACUUGAUCGCGGUACUGGGCAUGUCGACAAGCUCUUUUUCAAUGCAUUUGGUCAAGAAUAAACUGAGCAACACGCCGUACAGAUAUUAUCUCCUUACUUAUAUGGUAAGUAAAAUCAUUUUUCCCCACCUGAAUGGAUAUUCAAGCUCAACUCCUCGGUCGCAGAAAUGUUCACGAUUUUCUGCAUUUUACCUAAACCUCUGUUUCCUAUCGUUGGGGCGAAAGUUUGGAGUCCGGUUGUUAAUAACUUCGGACUGAAUAAAUACUUAGCUACGGUAGGAACAAUUCAAGGAACGGCAACUUAGUUAAAACUCAGGAAAUCUUCAUUGUUCUACUGGAGUUAGUUAUGCCAACGACUGGUAUCUGUUUUAUUUAUCGACAUGAUGUAGCCGCCAAGUUAAUCAAGGUCAACUCAAAACACCGUGGUCGCAAGUGGAAUGGCUCAAAGCUUGAAAUAAGCGCAAACCGUUUUGAGUCCGGCUUGAGCCAUUCUUCUUGCGAGGAUCUUAAAGCAAAUCCAGCAUAUCACCUUUAACUCCGACUUCCAGGGAAAAACUGUUGGAAAACAACGAACUUUCAUUUUCUUUGGGAUCACUGCAAUAUUUUCUGUUAUCAACGGUUUUUUAGUCAACUCUUCGUCACUCACUUUGUCACAACAGCAAGAAGCAAUUCAAAAAGUUUGUUCUUUUUUUGUAUACGGCAACUUAUCAUUAAGUUCUUUGAAAGAUUUUUCAUAUGUGGGAGAGUAUUGUAACUGGAUUUCUAGAAGAAACCCAACAAACAAAAAAUAGAGUCUAGACGUACAGAAAAGCUGCAAAAUAGAAAACUAAUGGUUUUUCCGCUUAUUUUGCUACCUCGUGCGCAUUUUUUCAAAUGAGAAAAAAGAGUUCAAGAAAAUCAAAUAUUGGGAGAUUCCGUAAUAGAUUUGUUCUGAACUAGCCCUGCAUAGAUAGUUCUUCCAUAUAGAAAUAUCUGGUCCCCUCAAGACCCAUUAUAAACCUGAAAAUAUCGAAUUUUUCUGUUCUUUAGUCAAAUUGGUCACCCUAAUAUUUAAAAAUUCCUAUCUCGGUUCGAAAGGCUCCCAGUCGAGAAAAGUUAAGUUUUUUGAGCUUUUCAGGAUGUCCUUUUUCAUAUAAAAACCAUUUGAUCCCCUAAAGACCUAUUAGAACCUGAACACAUUGAUUUUUGGUUUUUUUUAAUCAAAUAAAACUUUAAAAAUUCCUAUCUCGGUUCAAAGUGCUCAGAAUCGAGUAUGAUAAUGAAAAUGUUGCAGUACUAUCCAAAAGGCGGCCAAUAUGUCCCUGGAUAACGUAUACUUCUACGAAUACAAAACGAACGACAUGAUUCUGUAUAGUGUCUUUUUCGGAUAUGGCUUCGAACUUGCCGGAGUUUUUUUCCUGUUCUGCUUGGGCGUUAGAACUUUUAAUAUAUUGAAUAACGUUAAGGGCGUUUUGUCCCCAAGAACCAUAUCCAUACAACGAAAUGUCCUUCAAAGCUUGA